AUGACGUCAGAAGGGGAAGGCGAGGGCCACCAUGCUGUCUUGAAAGAGAUCGAUGAUCGCUUCGAUCAAUUGGAGAUGGCGGUCUCGAUCCUGCCAGAUCUGGAGGAGAGGAUCGAAGCGUUGGAGCGGCUUCUGAAGGCCGGUGGAGCGCUGGUACCGCCCCGAGUGUCCUCGCACUCUGGAGAGCAUCCCAAGGAGCAUCCAAACCAGGCUCUGAGUGACCUUGCCAAUGUUCUUGGUCUAACAGAACCUGAAAUGGAUCUCAAGGACUUCGAAGGAGAGGAGGUGACCUUUGCGUCGCCUUCCCCGGAAGUUCAGAUGGCUCAGCUGGUGGAGGUCGAGGAGUCGAAAGAGGUGCCGAGUGAAGAGCCGGAGGUGCCGAGCGAAGAGCUGGAGGACAACCGAGGCCCCCAGUGGGGCAGCGGACGUAAAAGCCCUGCCAAGAUGGCACCUAAAGGCGACGAAGACGUCACAGAGCCUAUGACCGAGCGGACGGAGGAUUUGCAGUCGGCGGAGCCUUCCAAUAACGAGGUGGUCUUGGAGCCGAAGGUGGUCGCAGGCGACGAGGGCUUUGCAAGUGUGGUAGCGCCGGAAGGCGACCACCUCAGCGCUGACGGUCACGACGGUCACAACGGUCACGGUCACGACGACGAAGCCCCGCGGCCCCGGGAGAACCGGAGGACCCGGAAGUCCAUUGCGGUGGCCGUGGCACGGAGUUCUCAAGUGGACGAGAGCAUCCUCGAUCAGCAUCCUGACCAGAGUACUACACCUUUGGAGAGUCGACCUGGGAUUUGGUGCUGUUCAUCGGCACUGGAGCACUAG